GGAUGCUGGAGGCCUCGCGUCGGGGCAGGAAGGAAGGGGGGGGUGUCAUGGCGACGAAUAUCGAGGAGAUCCUUCGGUCCUUUGUGGUUAGCAAAUUCCGGGAGAUCCAGGAGGAGCAGCAGCAGCAGCACGGAGGUGCAAAGGUGGAAGGCCAGCCAAAUGGUGACACGAUCCCAGCUGAGCAAGCUGGGCCUUCUGAAGCCUCUGGAGCUGCUGGGAGUUGUCAAAGUGAUCAGAUAGUGCAGAAAAUAGAGGAAGUGCUCUCCGGAGCCCUCGGGACAGAGCUGCAGUGCAACCCAGAUGUAGACAAAAAUGCUGUGAAAAAUAGUACUCCAUCUACAAAGAGGAGCUCUACUGGUGAAGAUGAAAUUCCUAGAAAAAAAGCAAAGAAAAACAAGAAGCACAAAAGCAAGAAGAAGAAGAAAAAGAAGAAGAAAAGGAAGAAAGAGAAAAAGCAUAAAAAGCAACCAAAGGAAUCCAAGUUGAGUGCACAUCCUGGAGAACCUGCAGAUGUGCAGCCAGCUCCUCACUUGAUGCCGGAGCAGUCCAGCUCCCAAUUGAAUGUACAGCAUGGAGUGUUUGCAGAUGCAAACUUGGCUGGCCACGUGCAGCCGGAACUGUGCUCAAAACCAACUGAGGGGCUUGAUAACCAAGCUUUAGGACUUGUUUCUCAUUCAAUGACUGAUUCUCAGCAACCUGCAGAAAGUCUUGGAAGUGUGGAGGGAACUUUAUGUGCAACAAAUUCCCCAUUUAAUUUAGAAAGUAUCCAGUCUAAUAUCCCAGAAAAUACUAGUAUAGCUCAAACUAGAAUUUGCACUAGCGAAGAACAAACUCAGUCCCAUGAAAAUAUUUAUCCUGUAGCUAUUAAUGCCAGUGUUGUUGAUACUGGAAAUUAUACUUGGUCCAGCAUCCCAUCUGGAAUUGUGAGUAAAUCAGAGAUUCAGAAAGAUUCAGUAGAAGCAUUAAGAGAUUCAGAUGUUACUCUGAAAUCUCCAAGCAUUGGGGAAGUAAAAACUUCGCAUGCAGCUCUCGAGCCUGAGACCAUGGAGGUGAUGACUUAUUCAGAAGCAUCUGUGCAAUCAGUGUCUCAGAGGGCAGCACAGGCGUUCGAAACGGCAUCAGCAUCCGUGUCUUUGGCAAGUGGUGUGACAGCAAUUCCAUCAUCUGCAAAUUGGGCACAUCCAAGUGCUGUGACUGUAGCUCACACCACUGUGGCUGGGCAAGAAGUGAAAAUUCCAGAAACAACUGAAAAAUCUCUGCAUAUGGGAAAUGUGAGAAGUGUCGAGAGAUCUUUGGAGCUGGGGGGUGUGAGCAGAACUUUGGAGACUACCCUGCCACCCUCAGUUAUAUCUGGGAAUAUGAACACGGYUCAGGGCAGCCCCAUGGAGGGUUCCAGUGUCCUGAAAGCUGCUGUACCUUUGCAACAUCCUUUGACAAUGUCUGCAGCCACCCCYGUGACCCACGUGGAAAUAAAAAGUGCCAAAACACCCCCGGGACCAGGAGCURUUGCAAAAAUGAUGGAUAUCGAACCAGGUAUGGGAAAUGUGAAAGCUUUGGAAACCACCGCGGAACCUGUGGGUGUUGCAGCAAAAGAUGUCAGAGCUGCUCAUGAAAGUCUUCAAGGCAAAAAUGUGGAAGKUAUCACAGGCCCUGCAACAGCUCUGGGUGCAUCAGGAAUGUUCCUGCAACACAGAGUCUUGACAGAAACUAGUGUGAGCAGAAGCCAGGGAUCUGCACUUCCAGCAGGAUUGACUGGUGUGAAUGUGGUUGCAGAGGCAAAAGGUUUAAGAGCAACUUCAGAACCCGCAGCAGUUGUACAGACCUUCAUUCCCCGAACAGUUCCAGAAGUCCAGAUGGCAGAGGGUUUUAGAAGUCCACAAGCAAAAGAUUCAGAAGGUACUUCAUUGCUGAGAGAAUCGAGACCUGAGGGUGAAUCAAAUGUGAGAGAUUUGGCCCCUGCCCUGUCUUUGCAGAUGGAAAACACACAAGGUCCAGGAGGAGUCCUGAGACCAGUGGCUGUGGUGGAAGCAAAAACAUUUACAACAGCUUCAAUGUCCUUACAAGUGCAAGAUGUGAAAGCUUCAGAAGAAGCUGUGCAUUGUGGGGAUGCUGCAAGUCCAGGACUUCAUGCCUUAGAAAGGACUCCUGAACCUGUGGUUGUGCACGAAAGCGUGGAACCAAUUAGAGAGGCCAAGGCAUCAGCAGGAGUGAUGUCAUGGCAAACCACAGCAGAGAGGGAGCCUCUCCAUGCAAACCAAACAGAGAGUUCCAUCAUUUCACAGUCACAGGUCAUGACACAAACGAGAACCUCACAAACUGAGGUUCUGAGGGAGAGAAAAGAUUYGGAACUCACUCCAGAACUAGAAAUGAGGAGCAGAGACACAAUCCUAGAACCUGUGCAAACUUCAGAAGCCAGUUCAAAAUCUGUUCAGGAACAAGUAGGUCAUUCAGCAGCAGUAUUGGAGUCUUUGCCCAGAGUGGAAGAAAACAAUAUGGCUUUGGGGAUACCAACAGAACUGAUAGAUAUGCAAACUCAGGGAUCUGCCAUAGAACAUGGAAUUGCAGCAAAGAGGACCAGCACACAAAGAAAUGAGCCCUCAGAAAUGGAGAAAGCAAAAUAUGUGGAGCCAGCAUCAGAUGCUGGAGGAAUAAGUUGGUUGGAGAGCAUCCAGGAGUCUUCAACAGUAGAGGUGAAAGRUUCUGGAACAGGUAAAGAGCAUGCCAUGGAUGAUGCUUCAGCAGCUGUUCCAGAAUACUUGCAGUCUGAAAAGCAAGAAGAGCUUCGAGSAGUUCUCGAGGCAAAAUCUACUGCAGAAUGGAAGAGUUCAGAAGAGGCUCCAGAAAUCUUGGUUGCCUCUGAAGCAGUUCCAAAACCAGAGGAUAUGAAAGGCCUGGAAACAACACAGGAGCAUAAAAUGUCAGAUGAGGUACAAUAUGUAGAAGGAGAGCAGAGUCAACAGGUGGAGGAUAUGCUGAUUGAGAAGGAGGAUGUGGAGCAGACUCAAACAUCUGAGCCUUUAGUAGCAGAAACAGCUUUUAGUUCUUCACAUGCAGCAGAAGGAAAAGAUUCAGCAGGGACUCCUGUGGCAGAAAAAGAAGGUUUGGAAACAGCUUCUCAGACUGAUGCAGAGCUGAAAGAUGCAGAAGCAGCUGUACAGUUGGAGGCAGAGAUAAAAGAUUUGGAAGCAGCUGUGGCACCUGAGACUGAUGCAGAAGCAGGUCCAGAAGCUAUAGAGGAAGGCCAGUUGGAAGACACUCCAGAGGCUGAGGAUGUCAAAGAAGCAACUCCAGAAGAGGACUCAGAGAAAAGAGAUUCAGAAACCUCUGAUGUGCAACCUGAUGUGGCAGCACGGAUGAAGGAGACUCUCAUGAGGCUUGAGAAUGUUAUUGAAAAAAGCAGCCAUAGAACCAGUGAGAAAAAACAUGAUUCAAAGAAACAGAAAAGGAGCCGUUCCAAGUCUCAGUCCAGGUCUAGGAAGCGGAAGAAAAAAUCAAGGUCGCGUUCUACUUCCAGGCGUUUGACCUCUAAAAGAGCACGUUCUAGGAGCAGAAACUAUUCUGUUUCCAGAAAAAAGCAUUCCAAAUCUAGGUCCCGGUCUGUGGAGAAGAGAGAGAGAAGAGUGUCUUCCCGGCGGUCCAGGCGCAGACGUUCCAGGUCAUCUGACCAUUACAGGUCUAAAUCCAGAUCAGCAGAAAAGAGAUUGUCUUCUGGGAGGUCCAGACGGAGACGCUCCAGGUCAUCUGACCACUACAGGUCUAAAUCCAGGUCAGUGGAGAAGCGAUUGUCCUCCCGAAGGUCUGGACGCAGACGUUCCAGGUCGUCUGACCGCUACAGAUCCAAGUCCAGGUCACUGGAGAAGCGAYUGUCCUCCCGAAGGUCCGGGCGCAGACGUUCCAGGUCUUCUGACCGCUACAGGUCUAAGUCACGGUCAGUGGAGAAGCGAUUGUCCUCCCGAAGGUCUGGACGCAGACGUUCCAGGUCUUCUGACCGCUACAGGUCUAAAUCCAGGUCACUGGAGAAGCGAUUGUCAUCCCGAAGAUCCGGGCGCAGACGUUCCAGAUCGUCUGACCGCUACAGAUCCAAGUCCAGGUCACUGGAGAAGCGACUGUCCUCCCGAAGGUCUGGGCGCAGACGUUCCAGGUCUUCUGACCGCUACAGGUCUAAGUCACGGUCAGUGGAAAAGAGGUUGUCCUCCUGGCGAUCUCGCCGCCGACAUUCCAGGUCUUCUGAUCGUUCAAGAUCUAGAUCCAGAUCUUCAGAAAAGGGAGGUGGCAAAGAAUACUCCUGGAGGUUCAGAAAUCGGUCUGGUUCCUCUGAUCGUUCAAAAUCCAGGUCAAGAUCUGUUGAGAAAAGAGGUCGCAAGGCAUCUGUACGGAGGUCCAAACGUCAGCGCUCAAAGUCCUCAGAUCGUUGCAAGUCUCUGUCCCGGUCAGUAGAGAAAAGAGAUCGAAAGCAAUCAUCGCGCAAGUCUAAACGUCAGCGCUCCAAGUCCUCUGACAAGUCUAGGUCCAAAUCAGUGGAAAAAAAGAAGGAAUCCUCACGAAAAUCAAAGCGUCGCCGCUCAAAAUCUUCUGAACGUUACAAGUCUAGGUCUAAAUCUGUCGAAAAAAAGCGCAAGGAGUCUUCAAAAAAAUCCAAAAGGAAACGUUCCAAGUCCUCUGACAGUGUUAAGUCAAGGUCCAAAUCUGUAGACAAAAAAGAUAAGUUAUCGUCAGCAAAGUCCAGCAACAAGCAUGUGGAGUCUUCUGAACUUCAGGAGUCAGCCAAAGGUCUUGAUGAAGUUGUUCCUGAAUCUUCUGUUGGAAGUGAAGGUAAAUCCUCUAAUGGUCCCACAUCAGUAGCUUUGUCUGAUGAAGGAGUAAACGGCCCAGUGCUGCCACCAUCAUUUGGAAGUUCCAAAACUUCAGGGAGUCUUGAGAAAAGCUCAUCUGCUGAUAAAACAGCAGAUCUGCAGCAUUCUGCCACAUCUGAAUUUAAUACCUCCAAAACUGCAGAUGACCAGGAAAUGAGAUCCACAUCUGUGGAAAAAAUGCAGGAUUCAGAGCUGUCUAUGACAUCUGAAAAUGGRUCAACUGAAAAAACAGCAGCUCUGGAGUCUUCACUGCUACAUGAACUUCCAUACUCCACAUCCAAGUCAAGAUCCUCAUCUGUUGAAAAAAGGGGAGAUCUACAAACUUCUUCAGUAGCAGAGUUCCAUCGCUCUGGAUCCCGUGAAGAUGAGUCCAGAACUGUGCCUCUCAGAGAAGUAGAAGGUCCCGAGCUUCCUCCAUCACUUAAAAGAGACAUGCAGUCAUCUUCUCUGGUGUCUGAAGGUGGGCUCUCUAACUUGUCUGGUGGUCAUGAAUCACGAGAUACUCCUGGUGAACACACACAGCUUCCCCAGGUUCUGCAGGUACCUGAGCAUCGGUCUUCUCAGCUGGCUGACAGCCCUGGAGCUGUGGAAACUCAGAGGCCUUUCCUGCCGCCUGAAAUGAUCCGCCCCGUCAUUCCUGAUGGCUGUGAGUCAGGCCAGAUGCAGGAGCCUUUAGCUUCUGACUUCAUGUCUCCUGAUGGACAUGGAUCAGGAUCCAGCUGUGCUACACCAAUAGAGGAGCUUCCAUUGUCUGGAGGCGAGUCCUUUAAGUCACCGCAUGGAAAUGAACAAAGAUUUUUGUCUGUUGAAAAAGUCAAGGCUCCAGAUGUUUCCCUCACAUCAGUGUGUGGUUCUGUUGAGGUGUCUGCAGACCUUGUUUCAGUGUCUUCUUUUGAAGUUCAUGAGUCCAGAUCAUCUGUUGAAAAAGGUUUAGACGGUCCAACACUUCCACAGGUCGUUGAGAUUGACUGUUCCAGAUCUUCAGAAAUUCAUGAGUCGAGGUACCUGACUGGUAAAAUAGACGGUGCAGGAUCAUUGGUGAUGUCUAAAAGUGGGAUUCCCAUAUGCCACGAUGGCCACAAAGCAAAAUACAAUUCCUUUGAGCAAACAGAGAGUGCAGAACUGUCAAUGGCCGCUGAGCUCCAGUGUUCCAUCUUUCCUGAAGGCUAUAAAUUGACACCUGCUGCAGUUGAAACAGUGGAGAUCCAGAAGGCUCCCCUCUCACUGGAAAGUGGGUUCUCCGUGUCUGCUGAUGGUUGUGAAUCAGUGGGUGCACCUGAAAAACCGCAGCCCUCAGGGACUGCUCUGACCUCAGAAGAUGGGRUUGUGCUGUUGCCCGACAGUCAUGAAAUGAGACCCAUCCCUGCUGAAAAAGUAGAGAUGCUGAAUUCAUCAGAACUGAAACACCGUGCUUCCCCUGAUGGCUACAAACUGAGAUCUGCCUACAGUGAAGAAAUACAGGUGCACGAGCCCUCUGGGAUACUGGARAGCAGGUGUUCUGUUGCCUCUGAUGGUCAUGAAUUGGCAUCCACCCAUUUUAAAAGAGCUGAGGAGCCUUCACAAGUGUCAGAAAAUGAGUACACAAUCAGACUUGAUGGCCCGGAGUUGACAUCAACCCCUGCUAAAAAAGCAGAGUUGCAGAAGCUUUAUCAGAUGUCUGAAGAAAGAGGUCUGGAGUCCAUCGAGAGCCAGGACCUGCGAUCACUCUCUGCUGAAAACACCCAGGUGCAACAGCCUGCUCUGGUGUCUGAAAAUGAAUGUGCUGUGUCCUGGGUGGGCCAGGAGUUGAGGUCUCCUGAGAAGGCAGAGAUGCAGGAGGCUGUGGUUCCUGACAGUGCUGUGUCUCCUAAAGAUCACAGAUUGCAGCCAUUGGUGGCUGGACAACCAGAGGUGCGGGAGUGUUCUCUGCUGCCUGAAAAUGAAUAUGGUGUAUCACCUGGGGKCCAGGAAGUGACAGCCAGCCCUGCUGAGAAGGAGGCGCAGGAGCUUUCUCUGACACCUGGCAGUGAAUAUUCCAUCUUCCGUCAGGGUCGUGUACUGCAGUCUGGCCUYGCUGAAAGCACAGCAGUUCAGGAGCCAGUGCUGGUCCCAGACAGUCAAUACACUGCAUCUCCCAAGGGGCAGGAUUACAUUGAAAAAACAGAGGUGCAGGAGAGUACUUUGCUGUCUGAAAAUGAGUACGAGGUGUCACCCGAAAGGCGUCAUCUGAGAUCGAGUCCUGUUGAAAAAGAAUUGGAGGAGCCUUCUGAAGCCUCUGAAAGUGAAAGUUCAAUAUCCACCGAUAGCCAGGAGUUGCAGUCUGCYGUUCCUGGAAAAACAGAGGUGCAGGAGUUGUCCUUGUCGGAAGGUGAAUGUCCCAUGACUCCUGAAGCUCAGGAACCRCAGUCCAGCCCUGCUGGAAGAGUACUGUCCCAGGAACCUUCUCUGUCACCCGAAGAGUACGAGUUGAGAUUGGCACGUGCAGAGAAAACAGAGGGUGUGGAUUCUGCUUUGACAGCUGAACGGGACCAUCUCUUCUUCGAGAGCCAGGAGGUGAGUUUCACCUCUCUUCAGAAAGCAGAUGUACCAGAGCAUUCUCCAACACCUGAAAAUGAACAUGGAGCAUCCCAUGAUGGGCAGGAGUUGAGAUUCACCACCGAUGGAAAAGUAGAUGGUCUUGAACCUGAGACACUGAAUGAUAGAGCCUCCAUGUCCCCUGAUGACAGUGACUUGAAAUCCAUCCCUGUUGAAAAAAUAGAUCAUGCAAUGCCUUCUUUAAUGCCUGAAGGUGGGUGCUCGGUGUCUCCUGACAGCUACAGUGUGAGAUCGGGCCCUGGUGAAGAAACGGGGGAUCUGGAGCCCUCUUUGAGAUCUGAGCGCAGAUACUCCACAUCCUCCUAUCAGGAAGGUCAUGAGCUGAAGUCUCCCAUGGAGGAAGAGGGUCUGGAGUCCUCUGUGACUUCUGAACAUAGACGGUCUGUGUCCCCUGAGGGCCAUGACCAGAGAUCUACUGUAGAUGAAGAAAUGGAUGAUCUAGAGAGGCAUUCCACUUCCCCUGAUGAGCAUGAGUCAAGAUCUAGCACUGGUGAAGAAGCAGAGGAUCUGGAGCAGCCUCUGACAACAGAACGUAGGUGCUCUGAGUCCUCUGAUGAGCGUGAGUCAAGGUCAACCACUGGAGAAGAGGCAGAGGAUGCAGAAGCCUCCUUGGCAGCUGAAAGGAGAGACUCGGUAUCUUCUGACGACCGUGAGUCGAGGUCUGCUGCUGGGGAAGACGUAGAAGAUGAGGAGCCCUCUUUGACAGCUGAACGCAGGCACUCCACAUCAUCUGAUGACCGCGAGUCAAGGUCUACAGCUGAUGAAGAAGCAGAGGAUUUGACAGCUGAGCAGCGCUCUGUKUCUCCUGAUGGUCAUGAGUCAAGGUCAACCGUUGGCGAGGAAGCGGAGGACCAGGAGCUCUCUUCAACAGCUGAGCGCAGACACUCCACAUCUUCAGAUGAGCACGAGUCAAGGUCUACUGCUGGGGAAGAUGCGGAGGAUGUGGAACCCUCCUCGGCAGCCGAACAAAGAGAUUCCACCUCAUCAGAUGAGCAAGAGUCAAGAUCUACCGCUGGUGAAGAAGCAGAGGAUGUGGAACCCCUGACAGCUGAACACAGACGUUCUGCAUCCCCUGAUGAGGCUGAAUCGAGGUCUACCACUGGUGAAGAAGAAGGAGAAGAUGCAGAGCCUUCCUUGACAGCUGAACAAAGAGAGUCCACAUCGUCAGAGGAGCAUGAGUCAGAGUCUUCCAGUGGUGAAGAGGAAGGAGAGGAUGCRGAGCCCUCUUUGGCGGAUGAAGAUAAGCAGGAUUCAGUGCCUCUUGAGCAGACAGAGGAACAGGACUCUUCCUUGGUCCCUGAAAGCAGACGUUCUGAGUCUUCUGAACGUGAAAAAUCUAGAUCCAAAUCUGUCGACAAAGCAUCUGACAAAGAGUCUCCACAGAGAUCUGURAGCAGACUCUCAAAGUCUCCUACUCGCCAGAAGAGUCGAUCCACAUCCGUAGAAAAACCAGCAGAGAAAGAGACCGUGCGGAGGUACAGACGGAGACGCUCCAGGUCCCCGGGCCGCCAGAGGAGCCAGUCCACAUCUGUUGAAAAAACAGCAGACAAGGAGCCCUCGCGGAGGUCCAGGCGGAGGCGCUCCAGGUCUGCCGCUCGCCAGAGGAGUCAGUCCAAGUCUGUGGAGAAAACAGCAGACAAAGAUUCAUCACGCAGGUCGAGAAGCCGACGCUCCAGGUCCUCCCAGCGCAGAACCAAGAGAUAUGAUACAGACUCGCGCUCCAGACGGAAUCGCUCCAGGUCAGCAACACGGAGAAGAGCAUCCAGAUCUCGGUCCAGCUCGCUGUCACGUUCCAGGCACAGGAGGAGGAGCAGGUCAAGGUCGGCGUCACGAAGGCGGCGUUCCUUGUCAAGAGACAGGCGCAAGAGAUCUCAGAGAAACAGAUCACGGUCUACUGAYAGGAGAAGGAGACGAUCUGAUUCGAGAGACCGCAGGAUAUCGCUCCGAUUGCGGAGCAGGAGUCGGACCCCUCUGCGCCAGAGGCGGUCACGGUCAAGGGGAAGGAGGCGGAGCUCCAGCAGGUCCCCGAUCCGAUUGCGGCGCUCGCGGUCCUCGGGGAGAAGGCGUUACAGCAGAUCCCCCGACCGGCGCAGGUCCAGGUCCUCAGAAUUCUCCAGCAGAUCACCCAAACGUCUUACAGACCUGGACAAAGCCCAGCUACUUGAAAUCGCCAAAGCCAACGCAGCCGCCAUGUGUGCGAAGUCUGGCGUGCCCUUACCCCCGAGCCUGAUGCCUCUGCUGUCCCAGAAGAAGGAUGACAAAGCCAACCAGAAGUCCUCAAGAGACACCCUGAAGGAGCUCACUGAGAAAUGCAAGAAGAUUGCUCAGAGCACUGAUGAUGUGAUAGUGAACAAGCCUCAUGUUUCUGAUGAAGAGGAGGAAGAACGUCCUUUCUAUAACCAUCCUUUUAAGCUGAGUGAACCCAAACCUAUUUUCUUCAAUUUAAGUACUCCCAGCAUAAAACCAGCACCACCACCCCAACCAAAAAACCAGGUCAGCCUAUCCAAGGAAUUUCCUGUUUCCUCUGGGUCUCAGCAUAGGAAGAAGGAGGCAGACAGUGUGUAUGGAGAGUGGGUUCCCGUGGACAAAAACGGCAAAGACGAUGGCAAGGAUGAUGUUUUCCCCAAGCCAGCCAUUGAGUGUGUGGACAUCACCACAGCCAUGAAUGACAGGGCAGUGGCCCAGAAAAGGCUCAAUGAGAACUCCUUUGACUUGGAGGCCAUGUGCAUGUUGAAUCGGGCACAGGAACAGAUCGACGCCUGGGCUCAGUCCAACUCCAUCCCUGGGCAGUUCACGGGUAGCACUGGAGCACAGAUCCUGUCCUCGGACGAGCUCACCAACAGCGGUCCCCAGGCGUGGAUUCGAAAGGAUCAGUUCUUGAGAGCAGCGCCUGUAACUGGAGGAAUGGGAGCUCAGCUGAUGAGGAAAAUGGGCUGGAGAGAAGGAGAAGGGCUUGGGAAGAACAAGGAAGGCAGCGUCGAGCCCAUCAUGGUGGAUUUUAAGACAGAUCGGAAAGGGCUUGUUGCUGUGGGAGAGAAGGCCCAGAAGAGAUCCGGCCAUUACGUGGUGAUGAAGGAUCUGUCAGGGAAGCACCCGGUGUCUGCGCUGAUGGAGAUCUGCAACAAGAGGAGGUGGACGCCCCCCGAGUUCGUGCUGGUGGACGACAGUGGGCCUGAUCACCGCAAACAUUUCAUCUUCAAGGUGAGAGUCAAUGGCAACGAGUACAGGCCCACCUUUGCCAGCCUUAACAAGAAGCACGCGAAAGCCACGGCGGCCACGGCGGCGCUGCAGGCCAUGGGACUCGUACCAAAGGAAAGCAUGGUCAAUACCACCAUGUUCAGGAGUGCCUCACACCGCUAAGCUUGGCUUUACUGGGACACUGGUUCCGAGCAUUUUACUCUGCACAAGAAAUGGUAUUUGCCCCUCUCAUGUUGUAAAUACAUCGGCGAUUCCCACCUUGUAAAAACUGUACAGACACCCACAGGUUUUUCUUUUGUACCAUCCAAAUGUAUUUAAAUCAUACUUAGUUUUUGGUAUGUUUAUAUUGUUUACAUUAGUGAUGUAAUUAUUUCUUAAACGACUAAAUCAGACAGACUCUGGAGGCAUCAGAAAUCCAGACCCUUGGCUGAAGCUCCCGCAGUUCCUCUCCCGCCGCAACGUUGCCCCUUUAGAGUUUUGUAGUGGCUGCAGAAUGAAUUCCCUGGGCUCGGGGAGGUGCUGCUGGGCAGGGCAGGGCCCGGCCRGCGCGGGGACACCUGGGGCCAUACCCUCGGUGCCACCUGUGCCCCAGGACAGCCGGACGAGCCCCUGGGUGCCUCCAGAGGGACGCGGAGAUUCGGACACGAGCCGGUACAGCCUCCUGCAUGGCCCCAGCAGCGGGGACCUGGGGCUGCUCUUCCCAACCAGUGAAUCCACUGCCUGAUGCCGAUUGUACGGAUUUGUGCUUCAUGUGAAUUUUAAACUCUUAACAAAUCUACAACUGGAUUCGGGGGGAGGGAGGGGGUAGAAUGACGCUUCAAUUGUACCCAACUCGGUCAAUAAAGCAGCACAAGUUGAUAAUCUUCA